GGGUGGGGGUCCCCUCCAAAAGGUCCCACCUUAUCGUGGUGGAGGGGUUUAAAGCUCCUAUUUGUUGAAUAACUCGAUAGAAAUCUUUUUUCUUCGAAGUUCUGCCAUAAAGAUUGUUUGAUGAAUGGGAGAUAACCAAGUGGACCAAUGUAGAUCGAAAGAAAUAACACAGAAAAUGUAUUAAGAAUUCUAAGUGUGUCGCCGUUUGGAAAUUGCUUAUAACUGAUAACGUUUAUCGCCCAGACAGAGAAUUUCUCUUAUUACAUAACCCAACUUUUUUCACCAUAAAAUAGGAGUCUUAAUAAAUUCACCGUCACAAACGAGUCCUAAUUAAAUUCAUGACCCAUAAGAUAAUAAUAUUAAUAAUAAACCCGUUUCUCUAUAGAUUAGAAAUCAGAAAUGGUGACCCUUACUAAUAUGAAAUUUAAAGCGAAAGUUAACCCUGAUAUGUUCAUGGGGCAAAAUAAAGAAAAUUAACUAACUGAAUUUAAAUAGUGUUAAUUAACUGAUGCUUUGAGUUAUUUCUUUCUCUGAAUAAACAUACCUUUAUUUCAAUGGAUACCUGACUACCAAAGAAAGAUUUCACAAAACUCGUUAAACAUUGACACCAAACGGAAGUGAUGAAGAAAUCACCAAGCCUUCAUAUGAUGAAAUGUUGAAAUCAUUUGAAACAAUUCGAUAGUAGAUAAUGCACAAGAGAAAUGUGUAUCAAUUGCUAUUUUAAUUAUGUCUAGUGUUUGUGAAUUUAGAACCUGUUGUGCAUUGUUUAAGUAUUUCGGAUGGUGAUUUUUCUACUUAACGAAUUUUCCGCAUAAGGAUCUUUUUAUCGCCAUUUAACGACUUCGUUAAAUAGAGAUCAGACUGUAUUUAAGGUAUCGAUAUGAAAUCAUUGAGUUAAGAAAGAAUCAAGUCGAAAAUCUAUCGCAAAACUAUAAAAAAUGACUUGCUGUUUAUAAGCAACAGCGAUUAAAUAACCGUUAGUUAAAUGUACGGUUUUACCUCUACUACGAAAAUUAUUGGGUAAAUGAGUAAUUGUGGUUCCAAUUAAAAAGAUGAAACUAGGAAAGACUUUUUAUCAUUAGCAGUUGACAUUGACUUGUUUGGGGAAUAUAAACCUAAAAACAUUUCUUUAAUUAGGUUAUGCAAUCACCCAAUAUCCAUUCUACGUUUUAUCACUCAUAGUCGUAUUAACUGGUCCAGGUGAAGUAGUUACUACAAAUUAUUAAAAGUUAUUUCUCUUGAAUUUUGUCAAAUAUGAUGGCGGUUAAAGCUUUUAUUCCAAUCUUGGCUAACUCACACUUUAAUUUAAACUUUCAGAUAUCAUGUGUUAGAACUAUUUCAAAGCCUCUCAAUUUAGCCACGAAACAACUAGUGAAAGAAAAAAGAAGACCAUCAACAGAGCAAGAUAUGCCAAAGCCCACAUCGGAUUAUUACAUCAGAGAUAUGACACAAGAAGACAUUCCUAAAAUUAUGGAAAUUAGAAAAAAAUUGAAGAUUCAUGAUUGCUACUCUUGCUUGCAGACGUGGAACAAAAUCCAUCCGCAGGGUAUAUUUUUAGCUGAAAACAAAAGAGGACAGAUUGUUGCAACGGCUGCAUUUGUUCACAAUUCAGAUGAAGUAUGCAUUGGCGGCCUUGUUUACGUUGAUCCAGAAUAUAGAAAUAUCGGCCUAGGGAGAAAGGUUCUUGAACUAGGUGUAGGAGAAGUCAGCCAGGGUAGAAUUUCCUUUGCGGAAAUGCAGUCAAGAAUAUGA